AUGAGCGAACUCAUCCCCUUCGAAGCCCUCCCCCUCGACCCCGAAGGCCCCCCCGGCAACGCCUGGGGCCGCUUCGGCGCCGCCGACCAACUGGGCACCCUGAACCUGCUCACGCCGGCGGUGAUUGUGGCCGCCGCGAAAGAGAUCCGCACGGGCGUGCGCAUCUCGCUCGACUGGCCACUGAGCAUGCCCACCUACCCGAGCUUCGAGCGCGACCCGUUCCACCAGCGGAUCGUGCACCGGCGGCCCAAUUGCAUCAAUGAUGAUAUCUUGACGUUCAAUACCCAGGGGUCGACGCAGUGGGAUGGGUUCCGGCAUUAUGCCCAUCAGCAGAGCAAACGAUUCUAUAACGGGCAUACGCAGGAGGAGAUUGAGGGGUCGGAUGUUCUGGGGUUGCAUGUGGUCACCGAAGCCGGUGGCAUCACCGGCCGGGGCAUCCUGCUGGACUACGCCGCCUGGGCGGACGAGCACCACAUCCCCCUCGCCCCGCUGACCUCCUCGGCCAUCCCCGUCGCCCACCUCACCCAGCUCCUCGCCGACCACGGCAUCCAGCCCCGUCCCGCCGACAUCCUCUUCAUUCGCAGCGGGUUCACGCGCGCCUACCACGCGCUCUCGGACGCCGAGCGCCAGGACCUCGCCCGCCGCCCGUCCCCGGACUUCAUCGGGCUUGAGGCCUCCGAGGCCGCCGUGCGCUGGCUCUGGGCCCACCAGUUCGCCGCCGUCGCGGGCGACGCCCCCAGUUUCGAGCGCGCCCCCAUCCGCGGCGCCCACGCCGACCGCCGCUUCAACCUGCAUGAGUGGGUGCUGGCCGGGUGGGGGUGUCCCAUCGGGGAGCUGUUUGAUCUCGAGCGCUUGGCGGAGCAUUGUCGUGAGACGCGGCGGUAUGAGUUUUUCCUGGCUAGUGUGCCGUUAAAGGUUGUUGGAGGCGUAGCAACUCCGCCGAACUCGGUGGCUAUUUUUUGAUCCUGUGGGGGUUAUAAUUCUAUGCGAGUCCGUAUUCGCCGGCUGGAUGAUGUAUAUGAUUGAAAGAUAUCAGAAUUGCAAGUUUGUACAUAGUGGAUUGGAAUGAUGCUGGCACGUUCGUGAUUUGCGACCGUGUAUGUGGAGAUUAGAGAUUAUGAGAUGUUGCCCGGUGGCAAG